CUCAGAGCUCGAUUCUGUGGAGAAGACGCUUCAACAUGUCAUCCAAAAAGGCCUUACCCAUCAGCGGUACCUUGACUGUCAUGGUCAUCGUGGUUGUCCUUGUUCCAUCAGCACUGCUGGAUCCGACAGCCGAGUUCGAGGCCGCAUUCUUGAAGAAGUGUGUUGAGUUUCCUGAAGACAAAAACACGUAAGUCUCUUUACACUCUUCAUUGAAGGAGGCCUCAUCAGGAUUGAGCCUAAAGAAAACAAAAAUAAUCAAACACUUAUUUUUCAUGGAUGUAUUUACUUGUUACAUUUGUCUUUCAGCUGUAAGGCUACUCUGGCGAUCUUUGAAGAAGCCUAUGUGGGGAAGAAAAAAACAGCUGUCACUGAGGAUAGCUACAACAAACUCUUCGAUAAGACGCCCUUCAAGCAUCCAUGUGGCGAGGUAAGCAUCCUCCAUCACACAGCUCUCUACUGUGGAUUUUAAGGUGUAUGUCUAACAAUGUCAUGUUUACUCUUUUGGGGUCAGACCAUGUUAUAUAGCGGGAUAGACAGGGUCAAAACCACAGAUGUGGUCCACAGGUUCACUAAAAAGACAGGCAGUUAUUUCACCUUGGAGGACACUUUGCUGGGACACGUGUUGGACGGACUGAUUUGGUGUGGAAAGGAAGGCAGCAAGGGUGAGAGUCAUCAUUCACAGUCAGUCCAGAGUCUGAAAAUGAAAAUAUACUGAUGACAUACAAGUUUACUUCACGGUUUGCCUAGCUUGACAUAAUCUGAAAUUGUCUUCGUCCAUCUUUGUGACCCUUAAAAACACAAGUAUUGAAUUAUAUCUAUCAGUCAGUUGACCGGUAACUUGUAAAUUAUCUAUAUUAAUAUGUAAUUGAUGUGUUUUUGUCUGUUAUUCUAGAAACAUUUACUGAGCAUUGCACUGACACCAUGCCAAACCCUUACAUUUCAUUCUGGAUUAUGGCCUCUGUCAAGGUAAACCUCCAACAUUGACUAUCAUUCAGUCAGUGAUCCAUGCAACAUGACCUCAGUUUAUUGGAAGACAAAACCAGCAGGCCUGGUCCUUUUUCAAAAAAGUCCUCGUUUGAACUCUAGUGGGCACUGUUGUACAAUGAACUGAUACACAGUGCCAACACAAGGGAGGUCUAACUUCAUGUACUGUAAUAGUAAACUCAAACAGGGGUCUAUUUUUAAUUUCUCCAACUCUUCACCUUUAUGUUUUAAUGUUUUUAGGUUGCACAAUACGCCUGUGGUCAUGUCACAGUGAUGCUGGAUGGUGAGAGAGAGCAACCAUACUAUGAUAAAAGGUAAGCGGCACUACAACUGCUUUGUUGUAUGUACAAAUCUGUUGAUAAUAGGCAUUAUGAUUGAUUACUCACUGAUAACCACAAUAAAGUGCAUGUAUUAACCCUUGUAUUAUGUUGAAACAAAAUUACAUAGGUUAAGUUGCAGGUCAUUUUGACCCACACUGUGUAUGUCCGCUCAAAACAGGUUAAACCAAGGACAUCUUUAGUUUUUUUUUUUAACAGUUAAGAAAGAGACAUAAAAUACUUUUUUUAAAAAAUUCCUACACUAUGUUUAAGAACUAGUUAGCUAAAGUUUUUUCCUCUUCACAAACAUUUUCAAUGUUCUUCACAUGAUGGACAGAAUGUAACUGCACUUUCUGCAAAUGUAAUUCGCAGUAACAAACAAGGAGGUACUUGUUUGUUAGUUUCCUCUCAGGAGGGACAGACCUGGCAUCUUUUCUUUUUAUUUACACUUGGCACCAGUCAUACAGGGAACAAACAGACCUUAUCAGGGUGUCUGGUACUCCAUACUCCUGAAGCACCCCUGUAGGAAUUCCUGAGGGACACAGUCGAAUCCCUUCUCCAAGUCCACAAAUCACAUGUGGACUGGUUUUGCAAACUACCAUGCACCCUCAAGGAUCCCACCAAGGGUGUAGAGCUGGUCCACAGUUCCAUGACUGGGACAAAAAACACAUUGCUCCUCUUGGAUCUGAGCUUCAACAAUCCAAUGGACCCGCCCCUGCCAAUCCAGAGGCACUGCCCCCAAUGUCCACAUGAUGCUGCAGAGUCAUGUCAGCCACAACAGCCCCACAACAUCCAGGACCUUGAGGAACUCAGGGUGGAUUUGAUCCACCCCUGCCACCAAAAAGACUUAUAACUCCCUCGGCAACUUCAGCUCCAGAGAUAGGUGACGUUCCAUGUCCUGAGAGCUAGCUUUUGCAGCCCAGGAUCAGACUGCCAGAUGAGGGAAACUUGGUCCCUUUCCCAGGACCUGUUUGUCUUGGGUGACCCUACCAGUUGCAUAAAGCUCCCAGCAACUUAGCUCCUUGGAUCAUUGGCCUCUUAAAGUUGAUCAAAUAAUGCCCUGUGAAAUGUUCCUUUUUUCUUCUCUUUUUAUUUGUGUUCAGUGUGUUCGCUACGCAUGAAGUUCCAAAUCUUCAGUCCCCUGAAGUGAAGAACCUCGUUGUUAUUCUGGUUGUCGGUCAGAAAGACGAGUAUGAUUUCAUUAACUAAAUAACUAAAUACAUCAAUAUUUUAUUUACGUAUAAAUACAUUGACACAAAUCAUGAAGCAGUUUCUGCUUUUUAGAUAUCAUUAAGUGUAAUCUCUUCAUGUCUUUAAUUAGCACUAAGUGCAACAAGGAGUCCCUCAAGAACUUGAGCAACAUCCUGAAAGGAAAAAAGAUCGGCUACGCUUGCAAGGAAGUGACUCUGUAAGUAAGCUGACAACAAAAACUGACUCUGUGCUCCUUUAUGUUGUUCAAAGACUUUCAUCAUUUUCAUCCUGAUUGUUUGUUUCUCACAGGGCUCACAUUGAGGAGUGCAUAAAAGAAGGCAAAGGAGUCUGCUGGUAAAGUUUCUGCUCUGAGCGUCAAGCGGCACUGUUGGUGAAGAAAUCCCUCAAUGCAGAAAGAUAAAUCAUUCAUCUUAAAUUCGUUGAUUUUCCAAAGAUUUGUGAUCAACUUUUAGAUAACCAAAGUUUUCCAGCUUCAACAUGUGCAAACAUGGACUUAGUGUAAUGGAACAAUAAAUACAAUCUGAGCAAAAAAUUGUCAGCCUUGUCUGAUAUGAUGAAAAAACAAAAUAAAUUGCAAACGGUU